GCAUGAACUUCCUCAAAACGCUACACACAUACACACACUGUCCAUGAACACAUCUCCAUUCACCUGCUGAAGACUUCACGCUACUGCACGAGUUCAGUCACAUUCUGAACAUCAUCAUCAUGCAGUCAUCUGCAGCAGAGGAUGCUUUUCCCUGCCCUUCCAUUGUGAGCCUGUCUCUGCCUUUACCUGUGGAAAACCCUUGUUUGGCCACUCAAUACCACAGUUUGCAGUCGAGUCCUGUGAUCGCUGUUGACCAAAGGGAGGAGGCCAUGGCCUCUGAUUACUAUCUCUCCCAUGGCCUCCAGUCUAAUGGUGCGUUCCCUCUGGACAGCCCACGUAUCGAAAUCACCUCCUAUGGACAUUAUCCAAAGGAGGAGGUGGGAUGGACGAGUGCGACUAAUCCCAUGGCCAAGCAAAUCAAUAUAGUGACGACUCUGACCCUGCCCAGCGCCGAUGCAUACCGAGACCCGAACUACCUCAGCCCAGCCAGCAGCCUCUCAUCUCGCAGCUGUAACUCGGAUACCUCCUAUGAAUCAGGCUUCUACAACUAUGACAACUCUCCCCAGAACUCACCCUGGCAGUCACCCUGUGUCUCACCCAAAGGGCCCUUUUCUGUGUCCUCCUGCCCUCAUGCAGCAGCCUCCAUUGCUUCCCCUCGCCACUCGCCCAGUGAAGACGGCUGGACUGGGCCCCCGUUUGGUUCCAGGUCCAAUUCUCCUUCCUGCAGUGUUGGAGGCCAAAGCAAGAGGAAGUACAGUUUCAGCAGUGGCUUCCCCGGGCCGACGUAUUACUCUCCCGGCCAAUCACCUGUACCUUCCCCGCAAGGCUCUCCGCAACCCAUCGUGGCCGAUGAUAAAUGGAUGAGCAACACAAACCGGUACACUAACUCUGCCAUUGUUGAUGCGAUCAAUGCCCUGAGCACGGAUGGCUCAGGUGACCUGGAUAAUGGCGUACCCUUGAAGUCUCGCAGGACCUGCCUUGAGCAGAACCCCUCUUUGAGUCUGAAAGCAGAAUCUGUGGAAGAAAACACAGGCCAUGACGUCUACAGCAACUGCACCCAAUGGUCCUUCAAACAGGAGAGUUACUGCUCUGACUAUUUGGGUGUGCCACAACACCCCUACACCUGGAUCAAAGCCAAGUCCUGUGUCAGUCUGCCUGUUCUGCCUCUGGACUGGCAGCUUCCAUCCCAUUCUGGUGCAUACAGCCUGCAGAUCGAAGUUCAACCCAAAUCUCACCACCGAGCCCAUUACGAGACAGAAGGCAGCCGGGGGGCAGUGAAGGCCCACUCAGGCAGUCACCCAGUGGUGCAGCUUUAUGGCUACAUGGAGACGGAGCCUCUCACCUUGCAGCUGUUCAUCGGGACCGCAGACGACCGACUGCUGCGACCCCACGCCUUCUACCAGGUCCACCGUAUCACCGGCAAAACCGUCUCCACUGCCAGUCACGAGGUCCUGCAGUCGAACACCAAAGUACUGGAGAUCCCUUUACUGCCUGAGAACAACAUGAGAGCCAUAAUUGACUGCGCAGGCAUUUUGAAACUGCGUAACUCAGACAUCGAGCUGCGGAAGGGAGAAACAGACAUUGGUCGCAAGAACACUUGUGUGAGGAUGGUGUUUCGUGUCCACAUCAGUCAACCCAACGGGAGCACAGUGUCUCUUCAAACGGCAUCCAGCCCCAUUGAGUGCUCGCAGCGCUCCGCACAGGAGCUGCCCCUGCUGGAGAAACACAGUUUAGACUGCUGCCCUGCCGAAGGGGGCCGGACGAUGCUCCUGAGAGGACAUAACUUCCUGCCAGUCUCCAAGGUGAUGUUUGUGGAGAAAGCUCUAGAUGGGCAUCAUUUGUGGGAAACUGAAGCAAAAGUAGACAAGGAUUCUUUCACAUCCACAUCACUGGUUGUUGAAGUUCCUCCGUACCGGCAUCAGCAGAUCUCUGGCCCGGUGCAGGUCAGUUUCUACGUGUGCAAUGGCAAAAGGAAACGGAGUCAGUAUCAACGCUUCACCUAUCUUCCCUGUGGUGCUCCUGUAAUAAAGAGUGAGCCAUUUGAUAACAGUGAGCUGGUGAGGAGAUCGGCAGGAUCAGGGCUGUCUUACUGUCUCAAGCAGAGACGGACUGAUGCUGGUGUUGUAGGGGAACACGGUCCCAGCAUCCCGCAGUCCACCCGCUCCAGCACUGAACUACAUGAUCUGUCCCCUGCAUCUUUCACCAAGUGCCUCAACAAUCUCACCGACCGCUCUCUAAACUGCGGCAUGAACUCUCUGCCAAACACUUUCACACACACUGCCCGAUCUCACUCUCCCAAGCACUCAUGCUACAGCACCCUCCAGCCUCAGGGCAGUUCUGAUGUCAGCGACCCUACUGAUCCUCGUUUGUAUUGCAGAUGUAGUCCUUACCGACCCACUGCUGGUACGGCACAGCACCAGUGCAGCUCCGACAGCCCCCCUGCACUCAGCAGCAUCAAACGAGAGUCACAGGAGCUUGACCAGAUGUACCUGGAUGAUGUAAACGAGAUUAUAAGAAAUGAUUUGUCAAGCAUCUCAGCUCCCAGUCACACAUAGAUUCCCAUCCAGAUGAAGAGAGGAACUUUGAACAUCUCAUGGACCUGGACUGGAUCUAACUGAACUGGAAAUGAAAGGGGGUAUUUACACUUGGUCACUUCAUGUGUUUUUACUGAUUGGAUAGUUAUCUGAUCAUGCAAAGACCAAGUGUAAAUGCCCUUCAAGAUCAAUUAAAGACAGAUAGUGCCGCAUUCCAAGUGGAACUUUGUAUGAAUGUGUCUGGUUGUUCAAGCCACAUAUGUAAACUUUACUCCUCCCAAACGGCACUACGUCAGCAUAGAGAAAAAUUUAAAAAUGCAUGAAGUGCAAAUGCCCCCAAACUCAUGACCAAACAUCUCGUGUGAACAGCCAUAAAUCCAAAGUCUAUAAUCUAACACCUCAUGUAAAAAAAAAAUAUAUAUAUAUAUAUAUUUUAUUAUUUGUUCUUGCCUUAAAUGUAAUUGCUCUUCCAAAGACUAAAGGAGGCUGUUUGUGUGACUGCAGAGUUUGCACAUGUGUUUUCUGGUAUGCAGGAUAAAGGUGGUUUGGCAUGUCGGUCCACUAUCAGUGGUGCCUUGUAUCAAGCUUAGAGCCACAUGAAGUUUACCAUCUACCGUGAAGUCAAACAAAUCAGCUGACCUUUGCGUUUAAUCAAAAGUUUGCUUGAGACACAUUUUGGACAGUGAUGAUUGAAAAUACUUUUAAAAUGCCACUUAUAACCAAAUAUAAUGAUUUCUCUGGAAUGCUACUUAAACUGUUGCUAGAACGCUCUAGAUAUGUCUUACCUCACUAUUGCUUUAGUUUCUCCACUGCAUUUGUACUCUACACUUCUACCUCCCUUUUGCCUUACUGCUCUCUGCCUUUCUUUUACAUAUGAAUUUUAUUACCUGAUGUUUUUAUUCAGACAUUAUAUAACUCAUGUAGAUUUAUACACAUGCAAUCAUAUCUCCAUUGUAGUUAACUAAUGUGUACACUUACUUAAAAUUCCUGAUCUUGCUUGACCUGUGCAUAUGUAAACUUUAUCUCUCAAACAACAAUAAGGUUUGAAUGAGCUGAAUUGUGAAAUGGCUGUUUGAAAUAUUCAGUUAAUUCUGUUGUUCAAUGCUGUUUGACCUGAAUACAUGAAUGUGUGACUUUAAUAUGAAAUAUUUAUGAAAUUCAUGUUGUAUGUUUGCAGUAGGCUUUCAAUAAACAUAUAUGCAAUAAAAAACAAUAAUACAUUA